AUGCUUCCUCCUGCCAUUCAUUUCUAUCUCAUUCCCCUUGCAUGCAUCCUAAUGAAAAGCUGCUUGGCUUUUAAAAAUGAUGCCACAGAAAUCCUUUAUUCACAUGUGGUUAAACCUGUUCCAGCACACCCCAGCAGCAACAGCACGCUGAAUCAAGCCAGAAAUGGAGGCAGGCAUUUCAGUAACACUGGACUGGAUCGGCACACUAGGGUUCAAGUGGGUUGCCGAGAACUGCGUUCCACAAAAUACAUCUCUGAUGGCCAGUGCACCAGCAUCAGUCCCCUGAAGGAGCUGGUGUGUGCUGGCGAGUGCUUGCCCCUGCCAGUGCUUCCUAACUGGAUCGGAGGAGGCUAUGGAACGAAAUACUGGAGCAGGAGGAGCUCCCAGGAGUGGAGGUGUGUCAAUGACAAAACGCGCACCCAGAGGAUCCAGCUGCAGUGCCAAGAUGGCAGCACGCGCACCUACAAGAUCACGGUGGUCACUGCCUGCAAGUGCAAGAGGUACACCCGGCAGCACAACGAGUCCAGCCACAACUUUGAGAGCGUGUCACCUGCCAAGCCAGCCCAGCACCACAGAGAGCGGAAAAGAGCCAGCAAAUCCAGCAAGCACAGCGUGAGUUAG